ACAGCUUGGGCUGAGGCAGAAACAGCGGAGCCGGCACCACGAACAAUGACACCCGGGCAGAUGGAUGCCAUAGCACAGGAGGGACAGGUGACAACAGGAAAAUGGCCUGUGACUGUGUUUCCACAAGAGCCUUCUCUUAUAGCACCAGCCCAGAAGUGCCUCCCAGAUCAAGGUUCUACAGGUGAGCAGAACACCAAUUCAGCUGGGAACCUUGAAGACACUGAGGACAAUGAGGAGUUCCUAGAGCAGCUCAUGUCCAUCACCUCACGGAACUUACUCCAGUUGGAAGUGGAGGAGAAAUACAACAUAGCCAAGGAGCUAGGCAGUGGUUCUUACGGACACGUUUUGCACGUUCAGCACCAUGAGAGAGGGUCCUCAAUGGCACUGAAGCUGAUGUCUAAGGAGCGAACUGGGAGGCGGGAGUUCCUGCGGGAAUACUGCAUCGCUCUUUGCCUCUCCUCGCACCACGCCCUUCUACGAACCACCAACAGUGCUUUUGAGACAGCCACCCAUUAUGGCUUUACACAGGAGUUGGCUCCAGCUGGGGAUCUCUGUGCCAUCCUGAACUCAGGGGAAGGCAUUCCUGAGGUGCAGGUGAAACGGUGUGCAGCCCAGGUGGCCGAGGCACUCGAUUUCAUGCACAGCAAAGCCUUGGUGCACCGCGACAUAAAGCUAGACAAUGUGAUGCUUUUUGACAGAGAGUGUCGUCUGGUGAAGCUGGGCGACUUCGGCCUGACGCGACUGGAAGGCACACAAGUAGCGGCCAUGUCUGGCACUCUUCCCUAUUCCCCACCUGAAUUGUGCCUACUGGAGGGCUCGGAGACUCUGGCUCUGGACUCCAGCCUUGAUGUCUGGGCCUUUGGGGUGCUGCUGUUCUGCCUCUGCACUGGUUGCUUCCCUUGGGAUGUGGCAAUGAGCCCUGACCCUCAGUUUGAGGAAUUUGGCAUUUGGCAGAACCGCACUGUGCCCGGGGAGGCUCCGGGCCUCUGGAAAGGCUUCACCACCUAUGUCUUGGACAUGUUCCGCCGCCUAAUGGUGAUUGACCCGAAUCGUCGCAGUCCUGCUAUUGAAGUGCACAAGUACUUACUUCUGCCUUGGCGGCUGGAUACCUGUGGAGAGGCCCAGGGUUCCUGGGGAAACUCUCUGAAGGGGAAAGAUUCUGAUGCCUGCCUCAGUGGCCCUUCCGGGGACAGUACGGAACCGGGCAUCUGCUCCAAGGAGAAUUGCCUCGGGCAAAUACAACCAGGACUGAUGGUCUCGGAGAAAACACAUGCCAUACAAAUGGGUCCCAAUCCUGGUUGCAAUCCCAGUCCACGGGAAGACUCAAGGCUAUGUGAGCCUGGGCUCCAGCCCUGAAGGAAGUCACUCCCUUCUAUGUACAGGUCAAAGGGGGUUGAAAGGCCCAUGUUGAGGAGGGAGGAGUAGCUGUAGUUUGACCAGCUAAGGGGGAGUUUUCAGAAUAUUGAGUAAAAUAGUACCACCUCCCCCUUUGGCACUUGGUCAGGGCAGAAUAGAACUAGCCACUCAGUAGAGAGAAAUGUGCUCCCUGACCAGAGGGCUGGUGCAUGGUCAAGUAGAAGUGAUACCACUGUAACAAUGUUCAUUUCAAUAAGCCAACAAGAGCGCCUCUAGAGAAGAUAAAGGUUGCUUUCUUACUGGAAUUGCCAUCCUUUGUUCACUUACUCCCGACCCCACCCCAUGUUUGAUUCUUAUUUUCCAAAAAAAACCACCCCAAACUAUUACUGUUGCAUACCACAUCAACACUUCCUCUUAUGGAACAUCCAGUCAAUAUCAUGAUCAAGUAAUUACAGUCCAGUGUUCUCCAUGGCAGUAUUUACACUAUAGCUCCUUCUGUGUGCGAGCAUCACUGUGCUGGUGGUCCUGCAAAACGGCAUCAUCGCAGGAUCCGCCAUGUUUGUGACACAAUCAACUCUCUCACACAGAUGCGA